GUUUGUUUAUUCAGGGCGGACCCUCUCUUUUCUGCAGGGAUUAAGGAUCUUGUUUUUGUUUUUUUUUAAGCAUCAUUAUUAAUAAUCAAAAUGCAAACAUGAAGAACUGAGCAGUGUUAUUAGGUUGCAGCGCCAUUAUCACCCUGCAAGUCGGCGGCUUUUGGGCAAGGAUGAGGGAUCUUCAAGCCAUUGACAGCUUGCUCUUGAAAGAGCUGAAGUCAUGUUGUGCGAAGGAGUACAACUUUCUUCCCAGAGAGACUGGCCUGAAGCUGAUGGAGUCAGCCUCCACAGAGAAUCACAGUGGAGUGUCUGCGAAAUGCAGAGACACCAGAGUGGAGGAGCUCUGGGGCCUGACCAGUUUCUUUGGCUACAGCACCCACACUUUUGUUCAAGCUGUCAAUUUGCUUGACAGAUUCCUCACCAUUAUGAAGGUGCAACCCAAGCACUUGCCCUGUAUUGGAGUCUGCUGUCUUCACAUUGCAGCCAAAAUGAUCGAGGAAGAGAGUAAUGUCUCACCCACCCACGAACUCAUUCGCAUCAGCCAAAGCAAAUUCACUGUGUCAGACCUCUGUCGCAUGGAGAAGAUCAUCUCAGCGAAGCUCAGCGUGGAGCCUGAAGCAGUCACAGCCUUAACCUUUCUACACCUCUACUAUUCAGCCUUCACAUCCCUGUCUGCCAGAAGGGAGGAGAUCCCAAGCAUUGGCAGACUGGAAGCCCAGCUAAAAGCCUGCUUAUGCCGGCUUGUUUUCUCUAAAGCAAAACCAUCGGUGCUGGCACUGUCCCUCAUUGCUCAGGAGUUUGAUGCCCUUGCCUCCAUCACCUUAUUGAAGAUUGUCCAGCAAUUCCAAAGACAUCUAAAGAUUAGUGACAGCGAGCUGCUCCACUGGAAGGAACUCGUGGCUAAGUGUAUGACUGAUUACUGCUCAAGUGAAUGUAACAAACCAGACAACAAAAAGCUGGUUUGGAUCGUGUCCAGGAGGACAGCCCAAAAUCUUCAGGCCAAUCACUUCAGUGUCCCUGGCCUGCCAACUAUUCCUGAGGGGAGCUGGGACGAGAGUGAAAGCGAGGACUCCUGUGAGGACAUGAGCUGUGGAGAAGACAGUCCAUGGGGCUCACCAGGGAGUGACGCCGAAGGAGCCUUCUUCCCAACCACCUUUCUCAAGUGCAGAAAGUGAUGAAUCGUCAUUGUGCAGUAGCGACUGAUGUGUAUUUGUCCCCUGAAGUGUGAUGGUCACUAUGUUUUGGGCAAACCUGAGCGUUUCACUUGUCAUACUGUGUGCACUGUAGGUAUGCCAAGUGAGAUUUUUGGUCAUUAAGUGCCUGUGUUAAUCAAGUUUACUGUCCGUUUCUUUUUUUUUUAAAAACAUAUCGUAAUAAUGCAAAAUUGCAAUAUCUUGGCAGCUUGACAGUAAUACAUCUGAAUGUCUUUUUCCAAGAUGUUCUCUUGUUUGUUUGUGUCCGAACUCGGCACAUUCCAGGAAAAAUAGCGAAGCACAAGGGAGAAUUUAUGGAUGUCAGUAAUGAGGUACACUCGCUGUUGAAUACCAGCUAACACAUCAGCACAUCCUCAGUCUUUU